CUCGCGCUCCCCGCUGGCCGCGGCUCCCUCGCGCUCUCCCUGUCUCCUGUCCGCUCCGCCGAGCGAUGCGAGUUCUGGGCCCUGGCGACGCCGCCUCUCGCUAGAGCUCUGCACCCCCCACCCCCGGCCCGGCCCUCUGCCCAGCCCUGCCCUGCGCGCGGGGGUCGGAGAAGGCGCCGCGGACGCACCGACGGCCGAGGAGCUGCGAUGCACAUGCACUAGCGGCACCCCCUAACUCACUCCCUCCACACCCCGCGCCGCCGCCGCCUCCACCUUCUCCGCCUCCGCCUCCUCCUCCUCCGCCUCCGGCAGCCGCGGCAGAAGGACCCACCCUGCCCCCCACCCCACCCUCCGCCGGCUCUGGCUGCGGAUCCAGCCUCGACUCCUAUUUUAUUUAUUUUGGGUCGUGCACUAGCCUCGGUGCCUGCAACCCGCGCCUCCCGGGCCCGCGGGCGCCUCCUCUCUCGGCUCCGGAGCCCCAGAUCCCGGCCACCCUCACCUCGACACCCCCAGACCCCAGCCAGCCGCCGCUAAUCUUCGCCGCUGGAAUCUUGAUAGAGGCUGUCCUUUUGGGGGGAUUCUGAUCUUUCGACAAUUUUGUUCCCAGCCAAGGAGAGGAUAUCGUGAUUUUCUCCCCUUUGAGCCCAGGCUCUGCUCUGUGGGGGGGUGGGGGGCGCGCCGACCCGGGGAGUCGUGCCAGCCGAGUCGUGCGGGCUGUGGCAGGGAAGGGGCCACCAUGGGAUGUACUCUGAGCGCAGAGGAGAGAGCCGCCCUCGAGCGGAGCAAGGCAAUUGAGAAAAACCUCAAAGAAGAUGGCAUCAGCGCCGCCAAAGACGUGAAAUUACUCCUGCUGGGGGCUGGAGAAUCAGGAAAAAGCACCAUUGUGAAGCAGAUGAAGAUCAUCCACGAAGAUGGCUUCUCUGGAGAAGACGUGAAGCAGUACAAGCCUGUCGUCUACAGCAACACCAUCCAGUCUCUGGCAGCCAUUGUCCGGGCCAUGGAUACUUUGGGCGUGGAGUAUGGUGACAAGGAGAGGAAGGCGGAUUCCAAGAUGGUGUGUGAUGUGGUGAGUCGUAUGGAAGACACUGAACCGUUCUCUGCAGAACUUCUUUCUGCCAUGAUGCGACUCUGGGGCGACUCAGGGAUCCAGGAGUGCUUCAACCGAUCUCGGGAGUAUCAGCUCAAUGACUCUGCCAAAUACUACCUGGACAGCCUGGAUCGGAUUGGAGCCGCUGACUACCAGCCCACCGAGCAGGACAUCCUCCGAACCAGAGUCAAAACAACCGGCAUCGUAGAAACCCACUUCACCUUCAAGAACCUCCACUUCAGGCUGUUUGAUGUCGGGGGCCAGCGAUCUGAACGCAAGAAGUGGAUCCACUGCUUUGAGGAUGUCACGGCCAUCAUCUUCUGUGUCGCACUCAGCGGCUAUGACCAGGUGCUCCACGAGGACGAAACCACGAACCGCAUGCACGAGUCUCUCAUGCUCUUCGACUCCAUCUGUAACAACAAGUUUUUCAUCGAUACCUCCAUCAUUCUCUUCCUCAACAAGAAAGACCUCUUUGGCGAGAAGAUUAAGAAGUCACCCUUGACCAUCUGCUUUCCUGAAUACCCAGGCUCCAACACCUAUGAAGAUGCAGCUGCCUACAUCCAAACACAGUUCGAAAGCAAAAACCGCUCACCCAACAAAGAAAUUUACUGUCACAUGACUUGUGCCACAGACACGAAUAAUAUCCAGGUGGUAUUCGACGCCGUCACCGAUAUCAUCAUUGCCAACAAUCUCCGGGGCUGCGGCUUAUACUGACCUCUUGUCCUGUAUAGCAACCUAUUUGACUGCUUCAUGGACUCUUUGCUGUUGAUGUUGAUCUCCUGGUAGCAUGACCUUUGGCCUUUGUAAGACACACAGCCUUUCUGUACCAAGCCCCUGUCUAACCUACGACCCCAGAGUGACUGACGGCUGUGUAUUUCUGUAGAAUGCUGUAGAAUACGGUUUUAGUUGAGUCUUUACAUUUAGAACUUGAAAGGAUUUAAAAAAAAAACAACCAUUUCUCAUGUGCUUUGUAGCUUUAAAAGAAAAAAGGAAAACUCACCAUUUCAUCCAUAUUUCCUUUUUAUUUUGAAGUAAAUAAAAAAAACAAAACCCAUACACGUCAGUACCCACACCCUCCCCCUCUCCCCACCCCAGAUCGAAGGGGCUGGCCCACAGCAGCAGUACUGGGCCUGGUGCCUCCCAGGGCUAGGCUUUCUAGAAGGCCACUGGCCACUGUUCCCACCCUCCCCCAUGCCUGUUGGCUGCGCAGACACCUCAUGUACCACCAGGCAGUGGCAGCUCCGCCCUGCCCAGCCACGCGACUCCACAAACACACUCACUCAAAGUUUGUGUAGAAAAAGCACAGCUCUGGCAGGGGUAGCUGCCACAGACAACGCUCAUCAUGUAUAGAAAUCCAGCCCGAUAGAAGCAAGUCACCCGCCCCUUCCUAUACGCCCGUUGUGUGGUUACUUUUUGGUUUUUCUUCUUGUCCUAGUGAGUACUUCCCAUGCAUACCUGACCAGCUCUGCCGGUGUCUGGGGAACGGGUUGUGUGGUUUGGUUUGGUUUUUGUUUUUCCUUUAACAUCACAGCCUCUGGCCUUGGGCAGAAGCCCUCCCUUGUGUGUGCCCUCCCCCUCUCCCUCUCCUCUCUGUUCCAGUGACAUGUGUUCCCUCGCUCUCAUGUUGGGAUGUUUGUGCUGCAGAUAAAAAGAACAAAAAAAUAAAUAAAUAAAGUUUUUAAAUACCACAAGAUGGAAGAAAAACAAAAAAAAAUUUAAAAAGAUGGAAUGUAGUGUUUACAUUAAAGCCAGUUUUCAUGACCAGUCCUAUGUCAUUUCUACUUGACUAGUAUCUAACCCCAGACCUGUUCACAGUUUCACUUUUAAGACUAUUUGCUGAAGACCAGUCACAGCCAUUUCAAUAAAGGAGGCGAAAAGGCUAAACACAAAAAAUUAAAAAUACAGAAAAAAAACUUGAAAAACAGGAAAAAAGUAAAAAAAAUAAAAAUAAAAAGCCCACGGGUCUUUGUAAGCCUUUCUAUUCCCAACGGUGAGGUUUCUGUGACACCUGACACUG